UUUCAUGUAUUUAGGUGAUGUUGAUAAUAUGAACGGAAUCCGCAGACAGCAACCAUUAUUUGGCAUCUUUCCUAGAGGUAGACUGAAGACUUUUAAAUUAGACCGACCGCAUGUUCAUGUUAUCCAGAUCAUCUUCAUCAUCGUCAAAUAAUCUCGUUUUUGCAUUUUCCUCGAUAUGUCCUUCCCUGCGUAACACUUUGAUCAUUUUCCUCAAUCCUUCAGUGCCAAGAGCGAGAGUUAAGAGUUUACUUUAAAGCAAUCCGGCCGGCCGGCUGCUGUUCAUAUCAUCCACCUUCCAAACGAAGAUGAAUCUAUUGAAUACGGGCGACGACCCCAUCAUGUUAUCUGAUAUGUUGUCAACUCCGAUAUCAUCCCCCACUUUCGCUUCUGUAGAUGAUCUUCUCGAGAUUUUCGGUUCAUCAGAGCCAUACAAUAAAUAUACUUUUCAACAACACCUCCACGAUUUGAUUGACAACUCCAGACAACCGUGGACUUACGCUAUUUUCUGGCAAUCGUCCUCCAUAGUGGAUUACUCGAAUAAGUCGGUCAUGGUGUUAGGAUGGGGUGAUGGGUACUACCGAGGUGAGUUUAGAAAGCCGAAAACCACGUCUUCUUCGGUUACUUCUUUUGCUGAACAGGAGCACAGAAAGAGGGUGAUUCGGGAGCUUGAUUCGAUGAUAUCCGGAUCUGAGUUGGAAACCGAUGCCAUAGAUGAAGUUACUGAUACAGAAUGGUUUUUUCUCAUCUCGAUGACUCAAUCGUUUUUUAACGGUAAUGGAUUACCCAGCCAAGCGACCUUGAGUAAUCAACCAGGUUGGAUUACUGGACAGAAACAGGUGCUAGCGUCACGCUGCGAACAUGCGCGGCAAGGUCUAGCUUUCAGGUUGCAAAAGAUGGUUUGCAUACCAUUUAGAAGAGGAGUUGUUGAAUUGGGUUCAACGGAGUUGAUUUUUCAGAGUUCAGGUGUUAUGAACCAGGUUAGAGUUCUGUUUGAUAUUACUAACACCCAGCCAGAUCUAGCACCCAUCAUUGCGGAUCAGACUGCCAGAGGCGAUACUGGUCUUUCGAAAGCGAAAUGCAACACAACUGCAAUCUCAUCAUCUCAACAACUGGUUGACAAACAAUCUGGAAAUACCAUGAAAGAAGCUGCGAUAUGCAAGACAACUGAGACCUCGUUCCCUCAAGAAGUCGUUGAGAAUCAAUCUGGAAAUUACAUGAAAGAAGCUGCGAAAUGCAAGACAACUGAAAUUUUGUUACCUCUAGAAGUCGUUGAGAAACAAUUUGGAAAAACCAUGAAAGAAGCUGCGAAAAACCUUGAUGUUUCUGAAUCUACACUGAAACGCAAGUUGAGAAAACUUGGCAUCCCAGAGUGGCAAGGACCAAAUUUUGUGAAGCGAAAAGCAAAUGAUUCGUCCGUUUGUCAAAGCAACACAGCUAAAGAAAAUAAUGGAGCAAUUCAAGACCCGUCAAUCGUUAACAUAAACAACAGUCUCAUAACCAUAAAGGCAGAGUAUGCAAACGAUAUGAUCAAAUUUUGUCUCCCAAACUCACAAGCAACUUUUAUGAUUGUGCAGCAAGAAAUCGGCAAAAAGUUCAAGUUGAUUAUUGGGACGUAUAAUCUCAAGUACCUUGAUGAAGAUGGAGACUGGAUAUGCUUAACAUCUGAUGAGGAAAUGAUUCAUUGCAUUGAAAGUUCAACUAAAUUAGAUAGGAUAGUAGUUCGACUACGUGUGGUACCAUCUCCAUAACCAAUACUCGGGCUUAAUGGUUUGAUUGAAUUUUAGUUUUUGGAUUUUUUUUCUUUUGUAGUAUAAUAUAAUUAUGAUUUUGAAGAUUUUGCAUACCCAUGAUUUUAUCCGUCGUGUUUGGAAGUUAUGUAACCAUUUUAUGCCAAUCACUCUGUAUUCCUUUGUGCUGCU